AUGGCUUCACAGAUGCGAAAAAAGACAACGAGUCCUGUCCUCGGUUCAGGGGCCCUGCAUCUUAGUCGGUUGCUGUUUCCUUUGAUGUGGAGGUUCUCCGGCGUUACCCCAUUAAUGGCUGGGCGAACGGCGAAGGAUCAGAAUAAUAAUGCGCUUAGAAAUGAGUUUCCUACGGGAGCGAGGGAGGGAGGGAUGGAGAGUCACGAUAGCGAGAUGAUGUCUUUGAACCCCGCAGCCGUCGGACCGUCGCAUGAGAACUUGUCCGGGACCGGAAGCAAAAGUGCACGCAUUAGAGGCUCACAACGUCAACUAGGCAAGAGCGGCCUUCACUCAUCACAGCCAGAAGCUACCGCUCUCAUUUUUGCCUUUGCGCUUCUAGCGGCGGCCCGUGAAGUGCGUCGCAAGGAGAGUCUAGGACUUGGAAGACAUGGCCACAAGACUUAUCUAGACUACGCCUCUAUCAUGGCUCAGGGAUUUUGUCCAUACAUACCAAGGAUACCUGGUCUGCAGCAUACCACCUUCAGCAAACUGCCUACUCGUGCUCUUCUCCGCGGGAUUCCCAUAAGGCUGUUCUAG